GUGCACGCGGCUCACGGCUGCCGGGGUUCCAUCCUGGUGGCGCAUUUUUGUGUGUUCUGCGCGGCGUGGAGAUGCCCAGCGGUGGGACGCGCCCGGAGGACAGCACUGUGCUGGUCUCCACCGACACGUCGACUGCACAUAAGGAGAGUCUAAGCAGCAAGAUUAAAGAACAAAAAAUUAUUGUGGAUGAACUUUCUAACCUGAAGAAAAACAGGAAUGUAUAUAGGCAACAACCAAACAGCAACAUAUUCUUUCUUGCAGACCGAACAGAAAUGCUUUCUGAAAGCAAAAAUACCUUGGAUGAACUAAAAAAAGAAUACCAAGAAAUAGAAAAUUUCGAGAAGACCAAAAUCAAGAAAUAGUUACCCUGAUUUCAUAUAACAAUGUGUGGUAUUUGUUGUUCUGUAAGCUUUUCUGUUGAGCAUUUCAGUAAAGAUUUAAAAGAAGAUUUAUUGUAUAAUCUUAAACGACGGGGACCCAAUAGUGGUAAACAGUUGUUAAAAUCUGAUGUUAACUACCAGUGUUUAUUCUCUGGUCAUGUCCUUCACUUAAGAGGUGUUUUGACUGCCCAACCACUGGAAGAUGAAAGAGGCAACGUGUUCCUUUGGAAUGGAGAAGUCUUUAGUGGAAUAAAGGUUGAAGCUGAAGAGAAUGAUACCCAAAUUAUGUUUAAUAAUCUCACCACUUGUAAGAAUGAAUCUGAUAUUUUGUCACUCUUUUCAAAAGUCCAAGGACCUUGGUCUUUCAUAUAUUAUCAAGCCUCAAGUCAUUACCUGUGGUUCGGUAGGGAUUUUUUUGGUCGCCGUAGCUUACUUUGGCAAUUUAGUAAUUUGGGCAAGAGUUUUUGCCUCUCUUCAGUUGGUACCCAAACAUCUGCAGUGGCAAAUCAGUGGCAAGAAGUUCCAGCAUCUGGAAUUUUCAGAAUUGAUCUGAAAUCUGCUGCCAUUUCCAGAUGUGUGGUUUUAAAAUUAUAUCCUUGGAAAUGUAUUUCUAAGGAAAAUGUUAUUGAAGAAUGUGUUAAUAGCUUGACUCAAAUUUCAGCAGUCUUACCAACAUUUGUAUUGGUGGUAGCAAAUGAAGCCAAACUUUAUCUUCAAAAACCUGUUGUUCCCUUAAAUAUGGUGUUGCCUCCAUCUAUAGAGGAAACACACUACAGAAACAGUUCCAGCAUUUCAUCUACAAGAGAGAUACUUCAGAUCUUUCUUACAGAUGGACACAUGAAAAAAGUCGUUCAACAGUUCAUUCAUGUCUUGAGUGUUGCAGUCAAGAGACGUGUCUUGUAUUUAGCUAAGGACAAAAAUAUGGCACCAAAUGAAGUUCUGAAAACUUGUAAUAGGAAAGCAAAUGUUGCAAUCCUGUUUUCUGGAGGCAUUGAUUCUAUGGUAAUUGCAACCCUUGCUGAUCGCCAUAUUCCUUUAGAUGAACCAAUUGAUCUUCUGAAUGUGGCUUUCCUGACUAAAAAAAAGACCAAACCAACUAGUUUUAAUAAAAAGAGUAAAAAAAGUCAUUGUGAAAUGCCUUCUGAAGAAUUCUCUAAGACUGAUGCUGCUGAUGAUAGUUCUGAUGCUAAUGUACCAGACAGAAUCUCAGGAAGAACUGGACUAAAGGAACUGCAAGCUAUUAACCCUUCUCGAAUUUGGAAUUUUGUUGAAAUUAAUGUUUCUCUGGAAGAAUUGCAAAAACUAAGAAGAACUCAAAUAUGUCACUUAGUUCAGCCUUUGGAUACAGUAUUGGAUGAUAGUAUUGGCUGUGCAGUCUGGUUUGCUUCUAGAGGAAUUGGUUGUCUAGUGACCCAGGAUGAAGUGAAAUCAUACCAGAGCAUUGCAAAGGUAAUUCUCACUGGAAUUGGUGCAGAUGAGCAACUUGCAGGUUAUUCUCGUCACCGUGUCCGCUUUCAGACACUUGGACUGGAAGGAUUGAAUAAGGAAAUAGCAAUGGAACUGGGCCGAAUUUCUACUAGAAAUCUUGGUCGUGAUGAUAGAGUUAUUGGUGAUCAUGGAAAAGAAGCAAGGUUUCCUUUCCUAGAUGAAAAUGUUGUCUCCUUCCUAAAUUCCCUACCAAUUUGGGAAAAGGCAAAUUUGACUUUACCCCGUGGAGUUGGUGAAAAACUACUCUUACGUCUUGCAGCUGUGGAACUUGGUCUUACAGCCUCUGCUGUUCUGCCAAAACGGGCCAUGCAGUUUGGAUCCAGAAUUGCAAAACUGGAAAAAAAUAAUGAAAAGGCAUCUGAUAAAUGUGGAAGACUCCAAAUUGCACCUUAAAAAACUUUUAUUUUGAAGAGCAGAUUAAAUCAAUAUAAUUUUACAAUAUGACAAUAUUUACUGAAUAUCAGUUAUAUAAAAAUAAAAUACUUUGUUGGUUUAUUAUUGUAUAAUGUAGUAGUUUUAAUGUUCA